AUGAUUUCGUCUAAUCAGACAGCGGAUUAGGAAAAUAAGGUGGAGAAUAAAGUUGCUAAUGCUGAACAUGUGAAUUAAUAAAGCUAUGAUUCGAUUCCUUAAUCCCUAUCGCCCGCAGUGAUUGCAUAAAUAAUGGAUAAGGGGUAGUCUUAGCCUCAGUCGCAAUCCUUAAAACAAAUAUAAAAUGAAUAUCCUCAAUACGAUUGGGACAAUAAAUGGCUAAAAGGUGAUGAAUAUGCUAAUAUGUUAGAAAAAAUAGAAGAAUAUUGUAAGCAAUAUAAUCUAUAAAAAUUUGGUAAAAAAACUCACCCUGAAGAUAUUUACCGCGCUCCUCAAAAUGGACUCAUAUAUUUCGUUGAAGGAAAUUGCGUUGGUUCUGAGUUUGGUUUUCCUAGGGUCCCAUUUAGAAAAUAAUAUCGCUGGAAGAAAAUGAACUUUACUACUGAUCUUCCAAAGAAAAGACCAUAGGUAACCUACAUAGUCGCUUCUUCAGUGAAAUGUUAGAAAUCUCAAGGAAAUGAUAAAUCUAAGUAAGAUAGCAAUAAAAAGGAGUAGGAUGUUUACCGUAUGCAUGCAGUUAUUUUAUAUAAGAAUUCUUAAGCCAAGCAAUAAACAGAUGAUGCUAAUAAUAACAAUAAUAAUAGCACUGGAGCAAACAACAGUAGUUCUCCUAAAAAUUCAGAAAGCAAAUAAUAUAUUCUCUGCCAUAUCCGUAAGAUGGAUAUCAAUGAUGAAGAUAAAAUUGGAAUCAAGUAAAUAGGAGCUUUAAACUCAAAUAGCGCAUCAGAGUCUUCAUAGGAUUUGGCUAUAAAUUCUAAUUCUUAGAAAAGCGGUAAAUAAGGUAAACAAGCUAGUAAAAAGUUAAUUGCUAAUGAAAGUAAGAGCUCUUAAAUGGAAUAAGAUGAUGAUAACGAAAGUGAUGAAAUUGAUGAAAUGGAAGAUGAUGAAGUUAAAGAAAAUUAAAGAUAAAAUAAGAGAAAGAACAGUUCUAUUUACGAGAAAGGAAGCAACUAAGACUCAUAUGGAAAUCAGAUUUAAACUUUGCAUCCUCAUGAUACUAACAAGCAAUCUAAAGCUAAAUCUAAGCUUUCAAGCAAGUAUCAAAACAAAUUAGGUGAAAAAUACUAAAACGAUAUUGCUAAGUGUAUUGCUAAGGUUAGCUUAGAAUCAAAUCCUGACAAACCUACAGAAAUAUUAAAUGCAAAUAAGUCUGAUUAUAUCGAUCAAAGUAUGCAAUACCUAAUUUCUUGUCUCGCUUAAAAGUCUGCAGAAUUUAAAAAAAAUAAAACUAAUGAAGCAGAAAAAAAUACAAAUACUGAGUUGAACAACACAAGCAAUAAUAAUAUUUUAAACAUUUAAAAAAAAGAUACUGAAAAUUUUAAUAUCAGUAUGUAUUCUGAUCUGAAAUAGUAGCCAUCUGAAACCUUAAAAAGAAAGAGAAGCCCUAGAAAUAUAGAAGACAAUUCUCUUACAUCAUCAUCCAAUACAAAUCAGGCUAAAGAAGAGGAAAUGUAAAUUUAAUUGCAGCAGAGACAAUAAAACUUUGCAAUAACAGGAACCAAUCCUUUUAUAAAUCAGUAUUAAGCUAAUAAUAACAUCUCUUCUCCUAUGUUAAACUUUAUGCCUCAUAAUGCAAUGCAAUAAUUAUCAUAGAGCUAUCCAUAUUAGUCAGGGGGAAUGGUUGUGAUUCAGCCUACUGCAAAUUACUUACAGUAUCCCCCUUAUUUAAUCUUAUAAUAGAUUCUAACUCAUAAUAAUUAGAAUUCUGUAAGUAUUCAACAGUAGCAAUUAUAAAAUUUUAUGCUGCAUUAAUAGCCCUAGCAAAUAAUUCAAGACAUGACUAGACCACCUGCUGUAAAUCUUGAUCUAUUGAACUUUUAUCUUCAAAACAGCUAAAAUCCUACUGAAUUGAAUUAUAGAGAUAUGUACAGCAUGCAGAUGAAUAAUUCAUUUUCAAAUAAUAUGAAUUAUCUCCCUAAUUAAAACAAUUAGAAUGCUCCAUGA